AUGGAGGGUGAGAGGAGAGAGGGUGAGAGGAUAGAGGGUGAGAGGAUAGAGGGUGAGAGGAUGGAGGGUGAUGCUGGAGGGAGUGAGAGGGUGGAGGGAGAGAGGAUAGAGGGGAGGGAGAGGGUGGAGGGAGAGAGGAUAGAGGGU